CUCAAACCCAAGUACUCAAUCAGAGCCAGAUUAAAAACUGAUAUUGUAUAACAAUAUUUUUCCACCAAUUUAAAAAAUGUCAGAAGAGCAGUUGAGCUCGUUGCGCAAGCCCAUCCCUAUCUUGAGGGAUGAGGAGGAUAAAGAUGGAGCAGGAGGUGAGGGCGGCGGCGAGGAAAGCUUAAAACCCAAGAAGCACGUCAGUUUCAAUCGGGUGGUAGAAUGCUUCACCUACUCGGAAAACUUGACCAGCUGGAAGAGACGCCUGAUGCCCGACAAUGACUUGCGCCGAGCCAUGCCGCCUGAAUCAAAGACACGCAGACGGAUACCUUAGCCCAGUUUUCGACUCCAGCCCACCAUGACGACCAUAUUGCAAAGUCAACACUGAACAAACACAAACCACCAGCGGAAGUUGUUAACUGAACGUGACACUUUUAACCUAAUUGGGGAAUAAACGGCUGCCCGUAUCCUUCCGGGGAAAGGGAUGUGGA